ACCCCUCCGCAGAUAUGCUGGAUUUAGGGGAGCGCUGCGGGGCGGGGGGCUAGGGAGUAGCAAGAAGGAAGGGAAAGAGACAGAGACUGAGAAACAGAAAAUCAGAGAGGCAGAGGCCUAGAGAGACAGGAGGAGUCACGGGGAGGCAGAAGCAGACGCACGGAAAUAAUGAGGCCGAGAGACGGAAAGAUCCCGCGCGACCUCCUACGGAGACAGUGGUCAGAUAAAGAGCGAGCGAGCGAGGCACAGGGAAAAGAGGCGGUGCAGAGGUACAAAGAGACACCCAGAGAGACAGAGAGGCGGAGAGAGAUCGCCGGGAGGCACGGGAGACAAGUAGGGACGAAGAGGAAACGGUGGGCUGGCCCUCGGAGGGCGAGAAAGGAGAAGGAGAGUGGAGAUUCAGAGAAGAGAAAGUUAGGGAAACUUCGCACGGAAGGCCGAGGGGGGCGGGACGCCGGGAUCCCCGCCCGCCCCGCCCCGGAAAACGCGGCUUCCGGAGGGUCGCUAUAAAGCGCGGCGCCCCGGGCCCGGCUGCAGCCGCUCGCCGCCGGCCAUGUGCCCCCGCGCCGACGCCGUCCCGGACCCCGAGGCCCAGCGGCCGCCCGCGCCCCCCGGCCCCGCCUGCCGCCCGCUGCCCUGGGCCCUCAGCGUCGCGCUGCUGCUGCUCGCCGGCACCUGCGCCGCCUGCUGGCUCAGCGCCUGGGUCGCGCCCGCGGCCUCCGCGGCGCCCGGCCCCAGCCAACCCCGCGUCCCCGAGCAGCCGCCCGACGCCCGCGCCCGCCUCCCCGACUCUCCGCAGGCCGUGUUCGCGCAGCUGGUGGCCCAAGAUGUACAGCUGACUGAAGGGCCCCUGCGCUGGUACAGCGACCCAGGCCUGGCAGGGGUGUUCCUGGGGCCCGGCCUGAGCUACGACCGGCACUCGCGGGAGCUGAUGGUGGCAGAGCCUGGCGUCUACUAUGUUUUCUUGCACCUGAAGCUGCAGCGGGUGGUAUCCAGCUUCGGCUCGGGCUCUGUCUCCGUCGCCCUGCACCUGCGGCCCCUGGACGCUGGGGCUGCGGCCCUGGCCCUGACCUUGGACCUGCCGCCUCCAUCCUCCAAAGCCCCGGACUCAGCCUCUGGUUUCCGAAGCAGCCUGCUGCACCUGGGCGCAGGCCAGCGCCUGGGCGUUCACCUGCGCGCAGAGGCGGAGGCACACCUUGCCUGGCAGCUUGCGCAGGGCGCCACGAUCUUGGGCCUCUUCCGAGUGGCCACCAAAGUCCCUGCUGGACUCUCCCUGCCGCCAUGGCCCAUUGACACUGGGCCCGGGUACCCCUCGCCGGACAGAGAAUGAAUGCUGCCUUCUUUCCCCGGGGCUCUUGGUGACGCCCGGCCACUCUACCUCACCCGGCUUGGCAGGGGUCCCCGCUGCUGACCCCCUCCUCGAGGACUCUCCUAUGGGACUCUCUCCCACUCCUGCCUCAAGUCGAACUUUUGGUAUUUAUUCUGAGCCUGAGCUCAACGGUGUACUUUAUAUUAGUCCAUUGUAUUAAUCCAUUCAAUGUAUAUUUAUUGAACAUCUUCUAUAUGCCAGGCCCUGUGCAGGGCUGGAGACAGAGCAGCAAACAACAGGAAAAAACAAAACAAAACAAAAAAACAACUAUUUAUGUCAAUAUGUGAGAAAUAAAGACUCAUCCACAGCC